AUGUUUCUUGUACUUAAUGAACUCAAGAAUGUAGGUGAAGACAGACUCGCAAACUUCAACGCUUUGAAAUCAAUUAUUACGGAUAAUGAGAUUAGAAUUAAUGAAAAGAAUCAACCCAGAAGAACUGCUCAGAACGUUGCAAACUUCAUUUUCGUAACUAAUAACGUUUACCCUGUCAAAAUUGAAGUUGGAGACAGAAGAUACGUAGUUUUAAGGGUUAAUGGUAAAUUUAAGGGUCAAUUUGAUUACUUUAAGAAUUUGAUGAAUUCAUGCACAAAGGAAUUUUAUGAUAAUUUACUGACGUAUUUUAUCAAUUACGACAUUUCAUCAUUUAAUAUACGAAUCAUUCCGAUGACUGAAGCCAAACAAGAUUUAAUUGAAUUAUCAACAAAUCCUUUAGAUGUAUGGAUAAAUACACAUUAUGAUGAAUUGUGUGCAGGAAUGACGUGUAAAAAUGCUCUAUUCUGCAAACCAUCAGACAUGAAAGACAAAAACUUUCAAAUGAGCAUUAAAGAUAAAUGUGAAAGGAAACAGAGAAGAAUAGAUGGUAAACAGACGUGGUGUUAUGUUUUGAAAGAAGAAAUGAAAGGAUUAUAUAAACAGGUUGAACCAAACGAUAAUGAGGAUUCAUUUACUGACGAUGAAAUACCUGUAAAUGAAGCUUUAUAA